AUUAAGAAAACAUAUAAUAUAGUUCACAUGGUUAAGAUAGGACGGUCCUGGUGCUGCUGUCUUAGAGGAGGGCGCUCUGUGCAUGCUCAGAAACUCAGCUUCUGGGGGGAAAGGGGCUUGGCCACUUCAAGAGGAAGGCAUCUGCCGGCACAGCCUCCUUCAUCCAGUCCGCCGUCUACGGCGCUCCGAAGCAAGGCAGGGAAGCGAAAGGAGGAGCCAGCCAGCAGCCCCCAGCCUGGGUGGGAGGGGACGCGGCGUCGAGGCCUCCGCCCGGGGCUUGAAGAGCAGCAGGGCGAGACGGAGCCGAGAGCCGGAGCCGUCGCUUGCUCUGCUUUCUGCCUCUGGGCGCCUCAGCCGGAGUCCGCAGCCGGCUCCUCCCCCCGCGCUUUGUUUCCCUUUCCUUUGAACUCCCGAGGCGCACCCGAGCUCUCCCCCGCGUCCUUCUCCUUUCACUUUCCCAGGUCCCUCUCGCUCGCUCUCGCUCUCUUUCCGCCACCCCUGCAAAGACACCCCUCCCCUCCUCUCUCUUCCCUUAACUUUCUCCCUCCGUAACUUGCGCCCCUUCCUUCCUCGCCUCCCACUGCGCGUUCUUCCUUUCUCUUAACUCCUUUCCUCUCCUGCCCUGAUUUGCCCUGCUGAGAUACCCACACACACACCGCCCCACUCCGACCCCUUGCCUCUGCGGCCAGGCCAGCCUCUCCUUCCGCCAUGCCCCACGGCGCUCUGCGGACGGAGUUGUACCCCUUCGAGAGGGUGGUGGUACUGGUUUCGUGCGCCCUCUCCUUCCUAGGGUCUAGCCUUUUGGUGGGCACCCACGCCCUGUGGCCCGAGCUGCGGACGCGGCCCCGGCAGCUCCUGCUUUACCUCUCCUUGGCGGACCUCCUCUCGGCCGCCUCCUACUUCUACGGGGCCCUGAAGGACUUCGGCUCGUCCACGUGGGACUGCGUGGCCCAGGGCGCCGUGUCCACCUUCUCCAACACCAGCUCCUUCUUCUGGACGAUGGCCAUUGCGUUGUACCUCUACAUCAGCAUCGUUCAGGGAUCGCCUACGGGGACCAGCCUCCUCUGCUUCUUCCACGUGGUGAGCUGGGGAGUGCCGCUUGUCAUCACCGUGCUGGCCGUGAUUCUGAAGAAGAUCGGUUACGACGCCUCCGAUGUCUCUGUGGGCUGGUGCUGGAUCAACAUCGAGGCGGAGGAUCGGAUCCUGUGGAUGCUCCUCGCAGGGAAGCUGUGGGAGAUCCUGGCCUACGUGACUCUCCCGGUCUUCUACAUCCUCAUAAAGAAACACAUCAACCGAGCGCAUGCUGCGCUGUCAGAGUACCGCCCUAUCCUGUCGAGGACCCCAGCUUUGCUACCGAGGACUUCCAUAGCGGAUAAGAAGCUGAUCCUGAUCCCAGUGAUAUUCAUCUUCCUCCGAAUCUGGAGCACCAUCCGGUUCGUCUUGACGCUUUGCGGCUCCCCUGCAGUCCAGAACCCGAUGCUGGUGGUCCUUCACGGCAUCGGUAACACAUUCCAAGGUGGUGCCAACUGCAUUAUGUUUGUCCUUUGCACGCGGGUCGUCCGGAACAAGCUGCUUUCCUCCUUGUGCUGCUGGAGAUCCAGUAGCCCAGAGCAUUCCCUGCUGAGCCCAGAGAGCCGCUCCCAGGGCCCUGAUUCGGCCACCAAGGACUGGGGGGAUGUGCGAGAAAGCGAUCGAGCAAAAGCGGAAUUCUCGAGCACCUGAGGCCUCCAAGGAACGCCCCUGUUUCAAUGGAAGAUGGGGCCUUGCCAUGUCAGGAUUUUAUCUGUAACAGAAAUGCCUCCAAGUGCCUACAGAGGGAGCUACUUGCCUGAGAAAAAAGUAGCCAAAGUUUUCACGGGUCUGCGGUAAGGGGGCUCUUAUGAAGAAUGGGCCCCUUUCUGGAAUCCAGUUCCUUAGCUGGCUGACUUUUCACUUCUCUCUCUCUUUUUUGAUCGUGGGGGUGUUGCGAAGAUACUUCCCAGCUUCCACUUUUAAUUCUUCUCCUCUAAGGCUUGUUUUAGUGCUUUCGUUUUCUUUUAAGAGACUUGGAGAAUUCUCAAAUCUUUAGCAAGAGCUUCUUUUCAGGAAGGGAUUUGACCGUUGCAAAUUCACUCCAAAGAGAGGAAGUGCUCCAGAUUUUAGGUUUUGCAUGGUUGGGUGAUUUACAGCAGCUGGUGUGUUCCCAGCACCCUCCAGGUGUUUUGGACUGACUACAACUCCCAUCAGCCCCAGCCAGCAUGCCAGAACAUUGGCUCUCCCACGCAAAGAGGUGGGUUUUUCUUUCAAAGUGUGCUCGCUUCAGAAAUUUCCUACAGGACAAAGAAGAGAGGAAGAGUCUGCGAUUCGCUGUGGAGCUUUCCUGUGCAAAUAGAUUUGACCCGUGAGACUCCCUGGACUUUUAUCUUUCCAGAGGACUGUGAACACUGUUUAAAAAGACCGUGUUUCCUGUUGGAAUUGUCAUAAUUAUGCUCUGGAGUUUUGUGUGGGUUUUUUUGGGGGGGGUUGUUUUUUUUUAAUAUAUAAAACAAGUAGACCGAGACUAACUUUGAGCUGCUACCUUAAGUUUUUCGGUUUUUCUUCCCCCCCCCUUUUUUAAAGAAAUGAAUAAAGUAGCUACCAGUAGUUUAAGAACUACGAAUCCUUUGUUUGUUUGUUUGUUUGUUUGUUUGUUUGUUGUUGCUGUUGUUUUAAUUUCGAUUCAUGCAUCUCUUCCCAUGAGGCAUCCCGGAGCGAUUUGCGAUAGAAAACAUAUUUAAAAACAUUUAUAUAGAUAGUUUAAAUUUUUUUUAUAUUUUUAAAAAAACAAGUUUAAAGCAACAAAAGCCCAUAUAUAAAAUCAAAUUUCAAAACCAAGACAGGAUCUUUAUCUGCUGGGAUAAAGAUUUAGAAGGCUCCUUGAAAGAGGAAUAUUUAGCAGGAACUCAUUUAGCUAGAGCUGGCAUGAGUCUGAAUGCCAGGUGCUGGGAACCACUCUGGCCGGGAGGGUACUCUUGGACUCAUAACCUGCUUGUGGGCAUCCCAUAAUAGGCAUCUGGUUGGCCACUGUGAAGACCGAGUGCUGGUCUAGGUGCGUUCUGUUAUGGUGGCAACAAUUCUGAUAUGCUCCUACAUUGGCCAACUUUAUUGGGCCUUCCAACUGUCAACAGCUGCUUUCCCCGGAAUCUUCCAGCUUCCUUCCUCUGAUUGGCUCUUGCCAUACCGCCUGCCUUUUGAUGACCUCCUUUCAAGGGAAAACAGAGCUUGGCUGAUUUCCCCCUGCUCUACUUGCCAGGGCAAAAAGCUGCGGUAAGUUUAUGUGCCUCUGCAGGAACGCACCGGGUGUGUGGGGUGACUCCCUAUGGAGGGGCUUCACCACUACCCACUUCUGGGACUCUUGAUCCAAUUGACCGCCCUGAGAGAGAACGGCUGAAGUUCCAGCUUUCGACUUUGCUUCCAUCUGGGAGUAGGGGAACCAGCCCCCCUCCAGAUGUUGUGGGACUACAACUACUACCGUCUCUACCAACAGCUGGGAUGGAUGGCAAUUGGGAGUCCAACAAUGUUUGGAAGUUCCCUCAUCCCCAUUUUAAUCUGUUUUACGGCCAGAGCAGCCACUCAUGCAGAGACAUGGCAGGGAGUCUCCUUUUCAGAUGGUGCUCCUGCGGGCUUUUCAGGUAUUGAUGGACUACAAAUCCCACCAUCCCUGAUCCCUAAUCAGUCUUAAUAAAAGUGUUUGGGAGAUUGUAGCUCUGGAAGGGUUGUCUCCUAACAACUCUCAGCACCCUUACCAAACUGCAGCACCCAGGACAACAAUUGUUGAUUUCAGAAAACUUUUUUAAAGAAAGUUUUUAUUAAAUACUUUGUGUUACAAAACAAAUAAACAGGGAAAAGCACGUCUGUGUCCCCACUAUCAAUUCAGAGUCCUUUUCACAGUUCUUUUAUAUGUAGAGGUAGACCCUUUUGUCGUAGACAUCUUGUAGUUGGGGAGGGAGAGAGAUGGGUUUUUUGUUAUGAUGAUGAUAUAAGAAUAAUAAUUAAUAAUAAUUUAUUAUUUAUACCCCGCCCAUCUGGCUGGGUUUCCCCAGCCGCUCUGGGCAGCUCCCAACAGAAUAUAAUAAUAAAAAAGCGAUAAAAUAUCAAACAUUACAAACUUCCCUAAACAGGGCUGCCUUCAGAUGUCUUCUAAAUGUCAGAUAGUUGUUUGUUUC